CGUCAGUACGCCCCGUGCCGCCGACGGGAACCAUCUCUCAAAUGUCGAUCCCGAAGGUGUAGCUUAGAUUAGCCGAUAGUCCCGAUAAUAGGAGUGAAAUCGAGGAAUCGUCCAAUUUCUUUGUACGAGAAACGAAUCGACGGAAUUUGAUACUAGAAAUUUAAAGCCUCGUAUUAUAUAUAUUAUAACGUAAAAGUGAGGGGUUGAACAAAAAAAAAAAAAAAAAUAAUCUCCAAAAAUUAAGAACUCAGCUCAAACGCUUAUUACGCAAAUCGUAGAGAUAUUAUCUUGCAGAAAACAUAUUGUUAGUGCGAGUUGAACGUGAGUCGUCCCUCGUGCGUAAUUAACAAGUUAAUCUGUCGAUUGUACGAGUAAUCAACGUCGCAAGAGCCAAGUAACGCAACAAUUACCGGUAAAACGGCACAGCCUGCACAAAAAUUUCGUAGAGUAAUUAAUAUUUUUUAAUCAGACACGAAUUAAACGGAAAGUAUAAAGAGAGGAAGAAGAGACCAAUUUUCAAUUUAAUUUUUUCAAACUGCGAAAGCGAAAGCUGUGAAAGUUUGAAUCGUCGUUUACGCCGUUAUUUAUCGUGGAAUUAAUUAGGCACGGGUGAUUAUAGAUAAUUGUUGACCAGUUCGCGUUCCUCGAGGAAUAAGUACACACCGCUACGAAAGUAUAAUCUAACAAACGAAACUGUCUUCGUUUAGAUUUUCGAGUAUCCAACGCGUACCGCACAGGUUAAAAGACCAAGUGGUAAAACACAGAACACGUCCGUCUCAGGUAUAAUAAUCGUUAACUACAACCCUCAGAGUAUAUACACGAUCAAUUGUCUGCUGUAAUAUUUUUAUAAAGUAUAAUAUAUACGUAUUGAGAUAACCGUACCCACAUACAUAUUUUCCACGAUAUAUUCCGUAUAUUUUUACGAGGUAUCGAUAUUGUCGCGACGCGAUAAAUUAAUAUUCACAUUCUCGACUGAUGUAGAAGAAUAGCGUGGCAGAAUAUUUCAACCGUAUAACAAAUGAGAGAUUAUUCUUAUACCGAGCAGUGAAUGUAACAUUGGCUCGAAGGGAAAUUCGUAAUUUUGAUUUUAAAAUAAAGAGAACGACGAAAAAGCGAAAAAAAUAAACGAGAUAAACAAAAGUGUGUGAAAAGUCUGCGCAGCUGUACCAGGUAGAUAAUCUGAAGGAGUGAGAGAAAAGAGAGACGUGCAAGAUGGGAUGUAACACGAGCAAGGAAAGCGUUCAGCCAACAGCCGAGGAGGCUAAAGAGGACUCGAAGAACGGGGAUAUCAAACAAUCGACGGAAGGGACGGGGACCGACGAAACUGCCGCGGCGGAAGAGGCGAGCAGCAAAUCGGCCGAGGCCAAUAAGGAGGCGGCGAGUCAGGGCGAGAACGAGAAGGACAAGGACGAGGCUGCCACCAGGAUACAAGCCGCGUUCCGAGGCCACCACGCGAGGAAGAGCAUGAAGGAACCGGAGAGCGGAACGAGGCAGCCGCAGAGCCAGAACGACGCGGAACCAACGCAGGAGCAGCUACUCGAGGAGUUCCGGGCGGAUGACAAGGAACUCUGCAACGCUGCUACCAAGAUCCAGGCGUCGUUCCGUGGUCACAUGUCGAGGAAGGAGCAGCAGGUCGUAUCGGCUGCCUCGGCGGCGAUCAAGCCGAUCGAACAGUUCGUAGAAAAAACGGCGGACAAAAUCGACCAGAAGGUAAACGACGCGCUGAACGAACUUGAGAGCAUCGACUUGACAGAUCCGGAUCUGCACAAGGCAGCAACAAAGAUCCAGGCGAGUUUCCGGGGUCACAAAGUGCGCCAGGACGGGCCGGCAGUCGGAGGAACAGAGCCUGGCAAGUAGGCGAAAGUACCGAAGGUACACGGGCUGGAAGAAAAAUCAGGAAGAACUUAAAAACCAAAGAGCAAAGAUAAAACGUAAAAAAAAAACAAAAAACAAAAAAAAAUUAAAAACGAAAAAUUUAUCCUUUUUCUAAGCCACCGCAAAAAAAAAAAAAUCCCGGAAGGUAACUCGUCGUGGGGAAAAAGAGAGAGAAGAUCUACUGUUUCUUUUCCCACAAAUAAAAACCAAAAAAAAAAAAAGAAAGAAAACUGCGAGACACGCAUUCCUGCGUCUAAUGUAAAUACAGCGGUAUUAUGAGUGGGAUUUUAUUGGCGCUGGCUGGAACGGAAAAACGAACAACCCGUUAUGCGAACGCUAACCGCUAACGGAUUAUAAAUUCAGUUACAUAUACGAUUCCUAUUUCUGUUUUAUUUUAUUUUUUUUUAUUUUUGGCCCUCGUUUCAAUUUAUCAAAUCACUUCUGAUUAUUAAUUGAACCGUACGUCACGUAUUGUUGUUGUUAUUAUUGUUAUUAUUAUUAUUAUAUAUAUACGUACAGCGUAACAACGAUGUAGAAGUGCAUAUUUUACAUAAUAACUAAUCUAACUUAUAUAAUUACGCGGUAUAAAAACCGUAAAUAUGUGUGUGGUUCUUAGAUGCGGGGAGGUAUAAUAUACGUAUAAUAUAUACACAUGAUAGAAAAUAGAACCUACAUUUUGUUAUAAUUUUCAAUUGAAGGCGAAGAAAAUUUUUAAAAGAAUUUUAUCAAAAACUGGAAUAUAUCUUCAAGCCUACUGAAUCGUUAAGACUUGCUGCGGAUUUAGUUUUUUUUUUUAUUUAUUCUCUUUUCCUAAUUUUUUUAAGUUUGUCAAGGUAACAUGUACGUCGUUUAUUAGAAAGAAAAAAAAAACAAUCGUACCUAACAUACAGGAUUUACGUUUAACAAAAUUACAGUAAAACGGGGAUCGAACGAGAAGUGAGAAGUGAAUGAUACAGAAUCACUUUUCCGUACAGUUUAUUUUGUAAUAUAGUUACUCACGCAUUAUAGGUAUAAUAUAUUAUACACGCAAGAUUAGUAUAUAAAUACGUAGAAGUUAUAAUUAUAUAGUAAUUAUUAUUCUACAAGCUACAGGGAAAGGAAGAAAUUUUCAAAGGCAUUGCGUAUGCGUAUUGAAACGAAGAAAACUCGUUUAUGAAUAAACUAUGAACACGGGGAAAAAUUAUAACGAGCUGAGAAAACGAAAAAAAAAGAAAAAAAAAGAAUAGUGAUAAAAAGAAAAAAAAAUUUAGCGUCAAUUCGAUACUCAAAUCAAUUAGGGGGCUUCGUUUUGUUUGCGAGGCACGUACAAUUAUAAUGCGAUAUAGGAAUACGAAAAAUAUAUAAAGAGAAGUCUGUGAGCGGAAAUAUUAACAAUAAUAACAAUGAUAAUUAUGAUAACAAUAACAAUGAUAACACGGUACUUAAUGCAGGAAGGAAAAAUAAGCGAGAUGAGAAAAUUGAGAUAUAUUACACGUAUUACAUUGAAAAAUAUUACAUUUUAUAUCCCAGGCGCCGAUCUCGCUCGGUGUCUGUUAUUAUUAUCGCUAAUGUUGUUGUUAUUAACAUUAUUAUCAUCAUUAUUAUUAUUUUUACAAACAGGCCGUUUUCACGUCCGCGCGUCAUUCAUUCGUUUAAUUCGCUAGCUGAGAAAAACGAAAGAUGAAAACUAACGAAAAACUAUAAAUGUCGUAUUAUAAUAACGACCGUAAAACAAUACCGAGAGUAAUAAUAAUACGAGGAAUAAAAUAUGAUUCCGCUAAUUUUAAAAAAAAAAUUGGGCUGCAAACCUGAUCGAAGAUACCGUUAACAUUUGAUAAUCACUGAUUGAAAGUUGUACUAAUAAUCGUUUUUGCCCCGUCAGAUAAUUGGGUACACUUAUUAUAUAUAUAUUUAUAUACAAUGCAUACUCCCGUAAUACGUGAAUUAUAUACGCGGUAUUAAUUUCCUCCCUUGUACGCAAUUUUAUUAUACCUAUUAUAUAUAUAUGAUUAUACAUCGUAUAUGUGUGUGUGUAUAUAUUUAUAUAUAUACAUUUAUAUGUACUGUAUAAUCAUCCGAUACACUUGAUACACAUAAUUAUUAUAUUAUACCUACAUCUACCAAUUAUUAUACAUAUAUAACUGUAUAAAAAGCAGCCUAGUAUCUAUACAUACAUAUAUUAUUAUUAUUAUACACCGUAACCGCGAUUUUCUCCAAUUUACACUAAAGCGAUAAACUUCUGAUAGUCGAAAAUAAAAUUGAUAUAUCUUAUAUAUGUCAAAAACAUCCUAAACACGAAACAACGGUAAUUAAUUCAUUAGUGAUUAAUUGACUUGUGGUUAGCAUUGUAUUUUUCUAGCCCAGCGUCGCAUUGCAAUUGCUUUGCAAUUGCUUAACGUCAGUGUUGUUCUUUAAAAAUCUUGAUUGUUGAUUACUAUGCAUUGUUAUUUGUUGAGCAAUUGUCACCGCUUGUACGUUUAACAUUGGGAGAGGAAAAAAAAAAAUUGGAAAAAAAUGAUAACUCUUCUGUGAUUAACAAGAUUGGUUAAUCGAUGAAUGAAGAGAGAAGAAAAAAAAAACAAUUCAACGCCAGCGCGUCUAAUAAUUUAUUUCUCGUUGCAUUGAUCUCUUGUACGCAGUUGGAAAAUUUUC